AUGGCAGGGACGUUGGCGCUUCAGUUGCGGCUCGGUGUGUGGGGAGUAAGGGCCAUGCAAACCCGAGGCUUUGCCUCAGACCCGACGGAGAGUCAUGAUGCUGACGCCGGCUCCAUCCAGGAAGCUGGUGGGGCUUUAGCUAAGAGAGAGAAGGCUGAAGAGGAUCGGUACUUCCAAGAGAAGACUAAGGAACAACUAGCAGCUUUGAAGAAACACCACCUGGAAGAGAUCCAAGAACAUGAGGAAGAGAUUCAGCAUCUGCAGAAACAAAUUGAGCGACAUAAGAAGCAGCUCAAACAUCUGAAUCAAGAUGACUGA